GGUCGAAAAAAUAAUAAUACAGCAUUUGAAGGUUUUCUUUUUUCCUCAUCACAAGUGACAACGUACCAAAAUGGAAAUGAAGAAGCUUUUGUGGGUUUGGUUAUCCCUUGCUUUAGUUUGCGGAAUUGCCAAUAGCUUUGAUUUCCACGAAAAAGAUUUAGCUUCGGAGGAAAGUUUAUGGGAUUUAUACGAAAGAUGGAGAAGUCACCACACAGUUACUCAAAGCCUUGAUGAGAAAUACAACCGUUUCAACGUGUUCAAAGCCAAUGUUAUGCAUGUCCACAAUACCAAUAAAUUGAAUAAGCCUUAUAAGCUUAAGUUGAAUAAGUUUGCGGACAUGACUAAUUAUGAAUUCACGAACAUCUAUGCUAAUUCCAAGGUUAAUCAUCAUAGAAUAUUUCGUGGCACACAACAUGACAAAGAGACCUUCAUGUAUGAGAAUGUAUAUGAUGUUCCUUCUUCAGUUGAUUGGAGGAAAAAAGGCGCAGUCACUAAGGUAAAAGAUCAAGGCCAAUGUGGUAGUUGCUGGGCGUUUUCAACAAUUGUAGCCGUUGAAGGUAUUAACCAAAUAAAGACACAAAAACUAGUGUCCUUGUCUGAGCAAGAACUUGUGGAUUGUGACAAUCAAAAGAAUGAAGGAUGCAAUGGUGGAUUAAUGGAAUAUGCGUUCGAGUUCAUCAAGCAAAAUGGUAUAACAACUGAAAGCAAUUAUCCUUAUGCUGCAAAAGAUGGAACUUGUGAUGUACUAAAGAAGCAUAAACCAGCAGUGUCAAUUGAUGGUCAUGAGAAUGUUCCUCUCAACAAUGAAGUUGCAUUGCUCAAAGCUGCUGCCAACCAACCUAUAUCAGUUGCCAUUGAUGCUGGGGGACCUGAUUUUCAGUUCUAUUCAGAGGGAGUAUUUAGUGGACACUGUGGCACUGAGCUGAAUCAUGGAGUAGCAAUUGUGGGGUAUGGAGCAACUCAAGAUGGAACAAAAUAUUGGAUAGUGAAAAAUUCUUGGGGAAACGAAUGGGGAGAAGAAGGUUACAUUAGAAUGCAAAGGAACAUAAUUCACAAGGAAGGUCUAUGUGGCAUAGCAAUGGAGGCUUCCUACCCAAUCAAAAAGUCAUCUACCAACCCCACAAAAAGUUCAAUUCUUAAAGAUGAGCUUUAAAUGAUGCCCAUGAGAUUCUUGCUACAUUAAAUAAUAUUAUUAAUUUGUAUCUCAUACUUCAUAUAUGUCUCUCUAAAUAUACAUCGUGGUUCUUGUGUUAGGAUUGAGUCACCUAGAAAUAUAUAAAUAAUAUGUGUUAAUUUGAUUGCUUGUAUUACUCAUCGCUUAUUAAUAUUUUAAAAGAAGAUUUAAAUAUA